AUGGCCCCGCACAAAAAUUAUCACUCACCUGAAGACAAACGACAGGCCAUCUGUGAUAAGAGUAAGCGCUACUAUGCAAAACAUAAGCCAGAGAUAUCCCUUCGGCGCAAGGCUGUGUAUCAGGCACAAGCUCAAGCUCAAGCAAGCACCGUGAACCAGUCGACUGCCAGGACAGUGGUAGCCUCUACGCAUAGGACUCCUUCUACUUCAACACUCGGACACAAGCCUGCAGCUUCGGUAGUAAAAAUGAUUGCACAGCGCAAAAGAAUAGCCAAUUCUAAUCAUUACGAGAUCGUCUCAGUACCUGUCGCAGUGCCGCAACCCGCUCUUUGUCCUGAUCCAUUCCUCAAAAUCAGGGCUGAUGCUACGAGCCUAGUGCAGGAGUUUGAAGAUUUUCUCCGUGGUAAGGACCCACAUGAAUAUGUCGAAGUCCUCCUACGCCUCUAUUUCAAAAACAACUCCCGUCGACAAGGCCAGCUCAGUCUUUUCGUGGAUCCUCUGGAUGCCUUAUAUCGGAUGCAGAAGGCAUACACGGACAUAACCGACAAAGCAUUGCAAGCCAUCGGGCCAUGCGAACGCCUUGAACAAUUGAUCCAGACCGGGAAGCUGAUUGGACGUCUGGUUAUGUGGCUGGAAGACAUUUGA